AUCGUCGGGGGAAUGAUUAGAAUUGCCAAGUUACUUCAGUUGGGAGUGACUGUUCACUGCGGACAUAUCAUAAAUUUUAUUCGGAGAGAAUGGCUUCUUCGAAAGAGUGCAGGGGGUGUGGUCCGGGAUACAGGAGUCCUCUGGCUGCGAUGAGAGAGGGAUCGAGAGAGAAAAUUAUCUACGUCGUAUGUCCUCACACCGAUUCAACGAAACCAGAUGUUCUUGCCACUGUCGAUGUCGAUCCAGACAGCUCCACUUAUUGCCAAAUUAUUCAUAAGCUGAGGAUGCCUUACGUGGGUGAUGAACUCCAUCAUUCGGGUUGGAACGUGUGCAGCAGCUGUUUCGAGAGCAAGAAGAAGAGGAAUAUAUUGGUUUUACCCGCUUUGAUGUCCGAUAGGAUUUAUUUCGUGGAUACGAAAGAAGAGAGAAAGCCUGUGAUAAAGAAAGUACUGUGGCCUGAGGCGAUGCAUAAACAGGGAUUAUCCACUCCCCAUACAUCUCAUUGUGCCCCCACGGGGGAGAUAAUCAUAUCGACGAUGGGGAAACCAAAUGGCGAUGGAUUGGGUGAUUUUUUUCGAGUUGACAGUGAAACACUUCUAGUCAAUGGGACGUGGACGAAGGGUGAGAAAGCCCAAUUUGGAUACGACUUCUGGUACCAGCCCCAUCACGACACCCUCGUAUCAACAGAAUGGGGUGUCCCAAGAGUCUUCAAGAGGGGAUGGGCUAAUGGAGAUGGUGAUAAUCCUCUGGUUUAUGGAAGAAGUUUAAACAUCUUCUCCUGGAGUAAACAAACCCUGGAGCAAGUUAUUAAUCUUGGGGAUGAGGGGGUCGCACCCCUGGAGAUAAGAUUUUUGCAUGAACCGACUUCUGGUGAGGGGUACGUCGGCUGUGCCGUUUCUUCAAAUAUUUUUCGCUUUUUCAAAAAGGAAGAUGGAAAGUGGGAUGCGGAAAAGGUCAUCGAUGUACCUGCGAAGAAAGUCCAAGGAUGGCUGACACCUUAUAUGAAUGGGAUGAUAACGGAUAUAUUGAUAAGUCUGGAUGACAAGUACUUGUACUUCAAUAAUUGGCUCCAUGGGGAUGUGCGUCAGUAUGACAUAACGGAUCGCAGAAAGCCAAAAUUAGUUGGACAAGUGUUUCUCGGUGGAUCGAUUCUCUCAGACUCGAAAGUUCGUGUAAUUGAUGAUAAGGAAUUGACAGCCCAGCCAGAUCCGGUGGUUAUCAAAGGGCGUAGGUUGUAUGGAUCUCCUCAAAUGUUACAGCUGAGCCUCGAUGGACGGAGACUUUAUGUCACCACUUCCAUUUUCAAACCCUGGGACAUUCAAUUCUACCCCGAGCACGUCAAAAACGGAUCGACGAUGAUGAAAAUUGAUGUUGACUUGGAAAAUGGAGGAAUGACGCUGGAUGAAAAUUUUUUGAUUGAUUUUGGAGCUGAUAAGGAUGACGUCCUUUUAGCGCACGAGAUGAGAUAUCCUGGUGGGGACUGCACCUCAGACAUCUGGCUUCCGGAGACCCAUUGAAAUUCUGAAUACCAUGUACCGAAUAAAAACCUGAAUAAAUCCUUGAAAAUAU